AAAGGCAGCCCACGCUUCCACGCUUUUUGAGACGGACUAUUCGUAUCAUGGCGGACGUGUUUAAAGCUAACGGUAUUGAUCGCUAUCAGCCAACGUCCUCACAAUCAAGGGGGUCCGUUGAAGGAUUUGAUACAAGAUCUACCCACACUCAUAGCGGAAGCAAAGUUUCAGAAGAGAACGUUGGGGGGUGAUAACGUUACUGUGAGUCUUUCUGAUAUGAGAGUAUGUUGUAAAUGAUUCAUUUAAACAGGUACUCCACUGGCCCCUGGGAGUACGACUUUAGCUCGGUACAUGCAAGUUUUCUGGAGUAUCCUCAAAUAGAGUUUAUCAACUGUGAGAUAAAGUUUAAGGAAUAUUGAAUCUUGGACGACUGACUAUUAAAAAUGGGGACAAUUCCAAGUGAUGUCAAGAGGCUUUUGAAUGACUGUGAGAUGUUCUUGGAUGACAUCCUGAAGGAAGAGAAUCUGAGCAAGAAUGCAGAAACGAUGAGGAACAUCUUGCUGGGCAACUUCACAGUGGUCUAUAAUCAAAAUCCCCAGGAGUUCAACUUCACAGCUGAGUCCAGACAGGAAGACGGUUCUGAUGAUAACCAGAGUUCCAGUCUGGGACGCUCCGAUGACGCGUCAGUGGCCUCCGACUACCAAGAUGAAGUAUCUCCCAAAUACUUGGGGGAGAUCCUGCCGGUGGCCCCUCAGGACCUGAACAACGUCCUGAAGCAAGGCCACCUGGAGAAGAGGAAAAGAGACCACAGCUUCUUCGGCUCCGAGUGGCAGAAGAGAUGGUGCGUGCUCAACAACUCAACACUCUACUACUUUGGCAGCGAAAAAGACAGGCAGCAGAAGGGGGCCUUCUUCAUCCACGGCUACACAGCGGCGCAGGUGGUGAGCCUACGCAAGGAGAGGCAGAAGAUGUCCUGCUUUGAGCUCAGCGCCCCCGGACGGCGCAGCUACCAGUUUACAGCCAGCAACCCCCAGGAGGCCAAAGACUGGGUCGACCAGAUCAAUUUUGUCCUAAAAGAUCUCCAGUCCGGUGCCAUCCCAUUCGACGUUGACGAGGAGGAGGAGGAGGAGGAGGAGGAAGAGGAGGAGGAGGAGGAGGAGGAGGAGGGGGAGGAGACCUACGAUGACAUUGACGGGAGGCAGGAGGAGGAAGAGGACGAGGACGCUAUCUACGAGAUGCUGCCGGGUGAGGAUUCUCUGGAGACGAUGGAUGAGCCCAGCGAGAACAGCAGCAAACCAGAGUCAGACUACUCUAACUACUACCAGGGUCUGUGGAACUGUGAGGGCGACCAGCCUGAUGAGCUGAGCUUCAACAGAGGAGAUCUCAUCUGCAUCCUGAGCAAGGUGUACAACAUCCAUGGCUGGUGGGUAGGCGAGCUGAAGGGGGCAGUGGGGAUCGUUCCCAAAGACUUCCUAGACCAGGCCUACAUCCUCUGAGUGCCAACAGAACCGCCGCACAUCCGUCUGGGAAUUCCAGGAAGGGGCCGUGCGGGAAAUCCAUCAGCAAUAUAUUGUUAUUAUUUUUUCCACUAUGAUUUAAUUUAACUUUUCCUGUACGUUUUCUUUUAUUACUUUGGUCCGUUAUGCGUGUUGUGGAAAUGGUAUAAAUGUCGUGGACAUGAAAAACAAAAUACAGAAAUGUGUUCAACUUAAUUGUAAAUUUAUUUCCUCUAUUCAGUAAAGUCCAAAACAUUUUCUCAAAUGUAAACUGAAGACAUACUAUGAAUAACAGUAGGCCUACCCUAAAUUUGUUAACAUUUUCAACACAACCAGUCUCAUAAAAAGCAAUCACAUAUUUUAGUUGAACAUAACCUGUGGUAACUGAACUUUCAUUUAAAACCACUAGGUGGAAGUAAAGCAUACACAAUUCACCGUGCAGAACCACCGAGCUCACGGUUCCCAUGGGAACAUUUCUCCGAGCGCACAUUGAUAAAACACCAUAGGCGACAAUAAAAGGUAGGCUAUACAGUAGAGCUAGUAGGGGCCCAACACUGUCUGAUGUGUUGAAGAUAAAGCACCCACUAAAACAAUCAAACUAUAACUUUGGACCUGAAAGCUUACUUCGUUUAAAAAAAGUGGCGUCCGUUAAACAUCGUGUUAGACUAGGGUCUGGUGUAGUGAGCAGAAGGACUGAAAUGCAAAGGAGGUCCAAAUGUACAACUAGAGGCCGUCCUGCCAGAAAAUCUGAGUUGCCAGAUUCGGCCAGAUUUCCCGCCCAAUCUGGCAACACUGGCUGCAUCGCCGGCUACACUGGACAGUGUCAGCUGGCUUGGAUACAAUUUAGAUGGUCCUUGCUUUCAUUUAGUCCUCUGCAUGAAAUAUCAGCAGUGAUUUAAACUUCUUAUGACGACACGUUUCACAUCCAGGUUUAAAGCGCUGGUCUGAGUGAUCAACUUGACCAAGGCAGUGAAUCUGGAAAACCACCCUCGCUUCUUGUAGUCUUUUAUAAUUAUAAUGCUAUUGGUACAUUUUUUGAGGUAACAGGUGGAUAUCUGAUCUGUCCCUGCGCGGUGGUCCAACGCACCUGCCAGUGAAUAUAUGAGUCAGUGUGUCACCUGAGGUCUACUCGUGGUCCUUCUCCGUAUAUGCAUUGGUAAGUAAUAUAAUGUAAAAUAUUAUCUCAUAACGCCUAACGGUCAUUAGCGAGCCGAUAUCGGUUUGAUGAACUGCUGUGUGCGCGCCCCCCUACGAACUGAAAUCACCUACUUCCAUAUUCAAAAAGCAAGUAGGACCCAUUUUUAGCGCACCUAAGGCAACAUUUGUUUCAACUGUCACGGGUCGUUUUGUUUUUCACUUAAAAAAUAUAUAUGUCUAAUCUUUUAAUUACAACGAUUUUAAAUGAAUCCCUUUUCCUUGUGCAAAUCUAAAUCGGAAACCUGAAACCCCUUGUAAACAUGAGCGCCCUCUGCUGACGGAACAAAGCUCUCAUUUUACAGGCGUGAUUCAAGAAGACUUAAACUCACCAAACAUUUUGAAGAGGACAGAGACACAUAACGAGGGAUCAUCUAUACUCCUAGAAACAUACGGUGGACCUAAACGACUGCUAUGCACGAUGACUCCAUCCUCAACACUCUAGCAGGCUCCAUCGGACUAUACUUUAGAUAAAUUGAAUUACAAACUCAAUUACUCAAUCGCUGAAUAAUGAUUUUACUUAACGACUUGCUAGAAUAUAUCUCCUCGUGUGCGUCCGUGUGUGUGUAUGCGUGCGCGUUGUUAUGGAAGGACACAUUUGCCUUUAAAAAAAGAAAAGAAAUAAAAGGGUGGUCCCCAUUGGCUGUCUGGGGCUCAGCAGGUGUGCGGCGGUCCCUAAUCAGUGCCCGCCACGUCGUCCCUGAGCGGGGCUGUUAGGCUAAUGGCCGGCUCUGGAUGGCGUUCCAGUUGUUAAAGCUAAUGGCCCGGCCCAUCCCUGGCUCGUGAUCCAGAGACGGCGGGGACGCUGUAACCUACCCCUGAUCCUCCACCAUCUGCUGGCUCAGGCGCACCGGGCUGGGCCCUGGGUCCGGCUUCACUCACACAGUGGCGUCGAGCUCUGGAGCCUCUCCCGCCCCGAGGGCCCCGGGGGUCGGGCAGAGGUCCAGGGCCUCGUCCGGCGCCGUUCGGGCGUCGCCCGCCUCGGACCGAAUCAAAUUGUCCGCAGAGCGCGUGGUCUUGUGUGACUCACAAACGCUCGAGUCCUCCGCUCCCGUAGAGGGCGCCACUUCUUCGGCGGACUCUUCCAAGUGGCCGUUCACGUUCCGGAUGGCGUCCUCGGGGCCGACCGUUGGGUGGAUCCCAUCUAAAGACACCAGAGAUCCUGAGUCCUCAUCUUGAGCGUCGGCGUUA